GAAGCAAAGAUCAGACUGUACCUACAUACUAUAGUGCUGAAGUUGAUGAUAUAGAGAACUUUCUCUUCGAUUUCGAAGGUUAUGAAAAAGCCAAAAAGUAUGACAAGGAUACCCUAUGCUUGCAAGACUUGAAAAUGACCAUCAUGGAAAAGGUAAAGGCUGAAAAUGAGACAGAAAUAAAGAUUAAUCGAUUGAAAUGCCUUAAGCAAGAUGAAAAGAAAUCAAUAAGUGAAUACACUAACCAGUAUGAAGCUUAUGUACAAGUUAUGAGGAAUCAACUUAGAAGCAAUAAGAAACGUGACUGGUAUAUUCGUAGUCUAAAAGACCCAUAUAAAUCAAAGUUUGAAAGUCGCUAUCCCAAAAAUUAUGAAAAAGUAAAAAAAAAGGCAUUAAAGAUGGAAGAAUAUGAUAAAGAUAGGGCUCUCAAUGAACAUAACAAAUCAAACAUUGCUAGAAAAACUCCACACCCAAGUAAGUCGGAUAUGGAUCUUUAUAGUAUUGUGAAUGGACUUGCAGCAUUGAGUAUUAACCAAUUUACAGAGAAAGAUUCUAUGAUCAGUAGUAAAUAUUUGAGAGUAGAAUUACUGGAUGAAAAUGAAUGUGGUGACAUUAGGGUGUUUAGUAAAAGAAAAAGAAAUGAUAAUGCAAUUGAAUUUGUGAAACCAACUGUAAAAAGAUGA